AACUAUUUUCUUUUUAUUUUUCAUUCAGAGUUGUCAACUGGAACUUAAGAACUAAUAAAUAAAUCUCCUUCCUUGUCCUAUCAGAUCAAAUACCUUGAAUUUCUUCGCACUGGUUUCUUGUUCUCUAAUUUUGUUUGCCUGGUUCCUUGAUUUCUGAGAAAGAUGUCCAAUUCGGAGGACACAGCACCCAAAAAACAAUUCGAAUCAUCGCCGCCGCCGUCGGCACUUCCCAUACCGACUGCUCCCGAGGUGGCCGACGAGGAGGCAGGAACUGGAACAGGAACGGGAUUUGGGGUUGGGGCAAUCACUAGGCGAUGGAAAAGGGAAGCAAUUUUGGAGAGAGGGUCACUGGCUUUGAGAGGAUUGGGUCUCUUGUUCUCUUUGCUUGCUUUUCUUAUAAUGGCCAGUAAUAAACACGGCGAUUGGAAGAAUUUUGACAGAUACGAAGAGUACAGGUAUUUAUUGGCAAUAGCAAUACUUUCGACUUUGUAUACGGGAGGACAAGUGCUGCGACAUGUUCAUGAGCUUUGGACGGGAAAACUUACGCUUCAGCGACGGACUUCUGCUAUGGUAGACUUCUUUGGUGAUCAGAUUAUGUCCUACUUGUUGAUAUCUGCGGCUUCUACAGCAGUUCCCAUGACGAACAGGAUGCGGGAAGGUGCAGAUAACAUAUUUACAGACUCUUCAGCAGCAGCCAUUAGCAUGACAUUCUUUGCGUUCUUCUUAUUGGCAUUAUCAGCAAUUAUUUCAGGAUACAAGUUAUCUACUCAAUCUUACAUAUAAUUUAGGCUUGUUUUUGUCUUCCAUUCUUUAUUUGUUGAUUGCAAAUCAGUCAACUAAUUAAUUCAAUGUAAGUAAAUUCUAUAUGUAUGUUGAGUAGAGAGUGAUGUAAACAACAUACCCUACUUUUAUCUGUAUUUAAUUUAUUUAUUUAUAUUAUAGUGUGAUUUGAUCCGAAGAAA